AUGCUCUUUGCCGCACGCCGCCUCGUCGCCCGCGUGCCCGCCGCUCUGCGCGUGGCUCCCACUCCCGUCAACUCGGCCUCGCGACUUUUCACCUCGUCUGCACUCCGAUUCGCUGCCGGACCUCCCGUCAUCCAGGGCGAGGGCGCCAAGGACGGUGAGAUCCCCACCGACGAGCAGCAAGCUACCGGUCUCGAGCGCUUUGAGCUGCUCGGAAAGCUUCAGGGCGUGGAGGUGUUCGACAUGGAGCCCUUGCAGAUGACCCACCUGGGUACCACUCAGAACCCCAUCAAGGUUAAGAGCUACUGGCCUACCCGAAUCGUCGGAUGCACCGGUUAUCCCGCCGACUCGCACGACACCAUCUACCUUCACCUCAACAACCAGCUCAAGCACCACCGAUGCCCCGAGUGCGGAAGUGUCUACGAGAUGGACUUCGAGGGCGACGAGCACGCCGGUCACCACUAA